AUGGCCACCACCGUCCCCGGUUGCAUCGGUCGAGGUGGUCACUUCCGCCUGACCGCCGCUGGCGGCGGAGCUCCAGAGUAUCGUAGCCUGGUGUCUACGUGUGUGCUGUGGCAGGUGCUCUGUUCGUUUCUGCGCUCAGUGGGCGCCGCAGUCUACUCUUUCACCGUGUUUACAAGUUUCUUCAAGGUGUUCGGCUUGUUCCUGGAUGCUGGCCAGACCAACAACUCUCUAGUCAUGCGGAAAGCACAAAGAUAUAUUGCAAUGCGCCACAUAGACCUUGCUGCACGCAGUUCACCUCCGCUCCGCAAGCAUCACCCGGCGAUGUACAACGUGGUGUUCCUGUGCGUGACGUACCUGGUGCCGGUGACGGCGAUGGCGGUGUGCUACGGGCUGAUGGGCAGGCAACUGUGGGGAGACCGCGCCAUCGGCGAGAGCACCGACCGCCAGCAGGAAGCCGUCCGCUCCAAGAGGAAGGUGGUGCGUAUGCUGGUGCUGGUGGUAUCGAUCUUCGCGAGCUGCUGGCUGCCAUACCACGCCUACUUCGUGUACGCGUACCAUGACCCAGCAAUGGCAUCCAGUUCGUACGCGCAGCACCUCUACCUCUGCUUCUACUGGCUCGCCAUGGCAAAUGCCGGCGUAAACCCUGCAAUCUACUACUGGAUGAACAACAGGUGUGUAUUCCUUAUUUUCGCCCAAGUAAUUCCAAAAUGA